AUGAAACCACAGAACUAUCACGGGAGUGAUCUCUUCCUGUCGCUGUCAACCAACAUCGGACUUACUGUAGAUCUGGUUAAUUUUGUUAUUUGUCAACUUGUAGCAUUAUGUAUAGCACCAUUAAUGUACACAUUUUUACCCCCAAAAAAUCAAUAUUUUAUACUACUUCGAGAAAUUAUUGGGCUCAUCAUUGGUUUAUCAAUGGCUUACAUCUGUUUUGGAUAUCAAAUGUUACAUCUCAUUAUUCUACCAUCAAUAUGUUAUGUUACCUUGCAAACCUUAAGUCCAAAUAUGAUACAUAAAGCUGUUUUACUCAUAUGUUGUGUUUAUUUAUCAUUAUUGCAUGUUUAUCGUCAAGUUUAUGAGUAUGGAUCUUAUACAUUAGACAUUACAGGUCCAGUUAUGGUAAUGGUACAAAAAUUAUCAGCAUUAGCAUGUGGUUUACAUGAUGGUCUUUUGGUUGACAAAAAAGAAUUAACAGAUAUUCAAAAGCGUUAUAUGAUUAGAAAAAAACCAACACCAAUGCAUUAUAUCAGCUACUUAUUGACAUUUCAAACCAUUUUGGCAGGACCUAAUGCAUUUUUUGAGGACUAUAUGGCUUAUUUAGAUGGUUCCAAUUUUCCUAAAAAAAUACCAAAAGAGGCAAAAUCUGCUCCAUCACCUUUGAUACCAGUUUUGAAAAAGAUAUUGAUUACAUUUAUGUGUGCUUUUAUAAUUUAUUUCAUCGUACCAAUGUAUCCUGCUUCUACACUAAUUGAUGAUGAAUUUUUACGCAAUUCUCCGUUUUACUCAAAAAUUUGGUUUAUUAUAGUAAUAACAUCUCUAACUCGAUUUAAAUAUUACUUUGCUUGGACUUUAGCUGAUGCUGUUUGCAAUGCUUCUGGUUUUGGAUUUUCUGGUUAUAAUGAGAAAGGUGAUCAAAAAUGGAAUUUACUUGAUAACAUCGAUAUUUUAGGAGUAGAGUUUGGUGUUAACUUCAGAGCUACAAUUGAUGCAUGGAACAAAGGCACAAAUCUAUGGCUCCGUUAUGUUAUGUAUGAAAGAGCAUCGCCUAAAUACAAUACUGUCAUGACAUAUACCCUCUCUGCAUUCUGGCAUGGGUUCUAUCCUGGGUAUUAUGUGACAUUCCUUACUGGAGCACUAUUUACAAAUAGUGCAAGAAUGGUUCGGAGAUGUUUAUGGCACAGAUUCCAACAACCUAAACCUGUUAAAUUAGCCUAUGACAUUGUUACAUGUUUCUUGACAAGACUUUGCUUAUCUUACAUGACAUUUUCCUUCAUAAUAUUAGAAUUUAUGCCUGCCAUACGUGUAUUUUGGCAUAUUAAGUUCUAUUUACACAUAUUAGCUGCGUUAGGAUUGUAUGUUCUACCAUUAAUAGUUCCACCGGUCAGAUCAGUGAAGAAAAAAGUACAAUAAUUGUAUGUUGAUGAUUAUAGUUAGUUGCUAUAAUCUCUAUGUAUCUGAUCAAUAAAAGACUGUAUGAGUGGUAAAUCAAAUGUUUAUAAAGUUCAGUUUUCUAAAAUUACUUAAAUAAAGUAAUGUCAACAAGAUUUAAGAAUCUAAACAGAAUUUGGGGUAGUAGAAAGUAAUAUGAUUUAUAGAUAUUAA